AUGACGAAACGAAUUAAAGUUUUUAAAUAGUGCAUCACGUGGUAUUUCAUAGUCACGGCGAUUGAUUGACGAUCACAGUGGAUUGAAGUCGAAGGGGAGGAGAGCACGCGCCGUAUCUCACGACUACAAAAGAAAAAAGUUCCACCGGGGCACUCAAGGCUGAGCAAACUAACCAGACCUCCAGAAGGAAGCAAGCAUGGCCGCUAUAAGAUUCGGGAGUAGUGUUGGUCCGUCUGGAAUAAACUCUGAACAUCAGCAGCAAGGCUGGAAAGAAGAGACCGCUUAUGAAGACGCCGAUGAUGCCAUUGACCCCAACAGGAUUGUACAAUGCCCUUAUGACAAAAACCACCAGAUCAGGGCCUCUCGCUUCCCUUUUCAUGUUCUCAAGUGCAGGAAGAACCACCCCAAACUGGCCAGUGAACUGAAGACCUGCCCCUUCAAUGCCAGGCACUUGAUUCCCAAGCAUGAGUUGUCUCAUCACAUUGCAAACUGUGAAGACAAGAGGAUGUUAAAUGCUGAAGAUGGAAAUGUAGAGUUGCUAGAGAAGUUCCAGGUGCCUGUUAACAACUGGACAAAUCCUUCACCCAAUGAGGACUGGGAAACAGAAACUGAUGAUAAUGCUGCUAUGUUUGUCUGGGGUGAAUCCAACAAUCAGCUUGCCCAAAACAAGCCAGAGCCGUCUACCACUAACAGUUUAUCUGAUGGACUUCGGGCACCACGGACUCUUCCAUGGAAACUCUGAUGCCACCACUGGAUGGACUUCACUGGCUAGUCUUACUUAUUUAAUACUUUUGAUCCCUGCGUGACUUCUAGCCUAACUUUGUUUAAAGUGUACUUUAUAUUUUUAUAUUUUUUAAUUUUACAGUGUUGUGAAGUUUCCUAUACAAUACGCUGUCUAUAACUGUCUAACUGCGUGGUAUGCUAUGUGUAGAGAGGCUCCUUAUUAAAGCAAAUAAUGUCAUAUUACAAGCAGAAACCAUCAGUGCCUAUCUCUCUGGGCUAUUUGCUUUGAACAUUUGUUUUAUGAAAGUGUUAACCUGAUGUAUGAUUAUUAAAGGUUUCUUUAAAUGCAAA